UCGAUAUGCAGGUUUCGUUCCGGCUACUAGAAGUCCUCCGUUCGUGUUUCAAGUCCAUUUCUGCAACUGGAGUUGAACAAGGAGAUGCCGUUAGUGUGCAUUAUGAUCCUAUGAUUGCUAAGCUUGUUUGGGGAGAAAAUCGUGUUGUUUGAGGGACGUGGAAACUCAUUUUAUUGAGCGCUAUAAAGAUGACCUCUUUGUCGAUCCUUCUAAUCUUUUGAUGGCAGAAGAAGGAUAUGAAGCUGCUGGACUUGAUGCCCGUCUAGCUGCUGCUUGUAUCGUCAGUUUGGAACAUUCUAAACUCACUGAAAUUCUUCUGGGAAUGAUUUAUAUUCAGUAUAGAGUCCUCAUUGUGCUAGGCGCACACUGGAGUUUGAGUGGGAGAAUCAAUAUGAUAGCAGUGUCUCCAAGCCGUUUGCACUUACAAAAUCACCUACCAGCAUGAUGGGGCCUUUUUAAUUGAGGUACUGUAUUCCUUUUAGAGGCACACUCAAUUAGCCAUUCAAUUGAAGUCUUGGUUUUUGAUUUCUUAUUUGAAUAAUAUCCCCUGUAUUUAUCUUCUCCUUUACAAAGAUCCAUGGGAAGAAUUUCACUUUCUUAGGAAUUUUAGCCCUCCAAAUCACCUUUGACCGAUUAAUAUCAAUAGGAACCCAGUGAAUGCGUAACUGAGAAGUUAAGGAAUUGACCGAAAAUGGAACAUCUUUGUUAAGGGUCCAAGGUUUGGAAUCCUCUAAAGCUGACGACACAUUGAUUAUGCCUAAUCAAAAUGUACUAUAGAGGGUAAGAUUGGUUGUCAAUCCUUUCGACCUUGGUCGUAUUCUAUCAAAGCGGUUAAUCUUACCUGCUUUCUAGCCUACAACAAAUGUUUUUAAAACCUUUCUCUCAACCCCAUUUUCUAAAAUUCUUUUCUCAGAAACGGGGUAGAAGCUGAGAGGUAGGCAAGUUAUGCCACCACCGUUCCAAAUUCAAGUUGGCCGACUUGCUCUAGGGAACGAGCAAGUAUUGCACAAUCACUUUACACAAUAUGGACAGAUUUUCCCCCCCUGACGAUUUCAUAACUUACACUGUCAAAUGAAAUUGUUGCUCCACGAAGGAUUUAGACUCUCUUACUAGACUAUCCUUUUGUAAGAACCUUUGGAAGUCCCCCAUUCCUAGGAAAUGUAAAUUCUUUUUCGAUCUCUUGUUUGUGCUCAUGGAAGAAUAGUCUGGUUUAAUGCAACGAGGGGAUGUGAAACCUUAUUUGAAAGGAAUUACACCUUUCUCGAGUCUUGUUUUGUAUGUCCUAAAUUGCAAUGCUAGGAGACAAAAUUGGUUUAGACACAUACUUUCGAUCAAAAGAUCAGAUUCGAAUCUCCCAACCCCAAAUAUUAGACUCAAAAGACAAAAAGAAACCGAAAAGGUCCAAUGCUAGAAGAACUGUUGUUACAUCGACCUUAGAAAAAAACAAUCUAACAAUGCCCGAUUUACCCCCUGGAGAGAGGAGGAGGUGACAAACAAAAAAAGCUUUGUUUGUUACCUAAUCUAAGAAAGUUGUUCAUAGUUUAGUUCUUAUUGUAGCUAUUGUUUCAAAGCAAAGUUUUAGAAACUGAAGCAGUAAAAGCUUAUAAAUGAAAAUGAAACAUGUUCAUAAAUAGGAUUUUCCUUUUCGAUUUUAUGAGUUGAGACAUUCAUUUUUCUUUGGUACAAUGUAUUGUACGAAGGAAAUUAUGGUGAGAGGUCUAAUUGAUUCUUAGAGAGUUGCGUGAAGGGUCGGGAAAGCUUCUUAUAUCAUCAAUAGUGCAUACCAUACAUCAAUUAUUUGACAUAUCAUAGAUAGUACAGUCUUAUUGGAUUCCACGCUAUUCCUAAUUUCUUAUUUUAUGACGAACAAUGAAUGAAAGUAGCAUAGAAAAAUUGUCGCUUUUUUAAGCUGACUAAAAAGCACACCAAAUUUCUGUACCUCAACAUACACUCCUUAUUCAAUUACUGAGAGUGAACUCCGUAACCUUUGAAGUCAGAAAAAGAGGUCAGUGCAGUGGUUGACACUUUCGCUCCUGAGCCUAUACUGUCUCAUUGCUUCUCGCCUUCCCCUAUGGCCGGCAAAGCUCCGAUAGCGAAUAAUUCCGGUACCGAAGUAGCUGAUAUUGUUUCUGGUAAGUCUAGCAAUCCCCAAGAGAAUGAUUUGGGAUCAAAGUUGGGGAUAGGAAGCAAAAGCAACAAGGAUAUGGUAUUUCGUGCUGAUAAGAUUGAUUUCAAGAGCUGGGAUAUUCAGCUGGAUAGACACUUGAGCAGGGCAUGGUCAAGGGACAGGGAAGUGCCUGCCAAAAAGGAAGAAUGGGAGAUUAACUUGUCUAAACUUGAUAUCAGAUAUGUUAAAGCUCAUGGCACUUAUGGUACUAUUUACAGAGGAAACUAUGAUGGCAAAGAUGCUGCAGUGAAAGUGCUUGAUUGGGGGGAGGACGGUGUUUCCUCCGUUGCUGAAAUUGCUGCUCUUAGAGCAUCUUUUCGCCAGGAAGUUGCUGUAUGGCAUAAGCUUGACCAUCCCAAUGUUGCCAAGUUUUAUGGAGCUUCAAUGGGGACCUCCAACCUUAAAAUCCCUCCCAAAAGCCCAUCACUUGACAGUAACCAAUCUUUUCCUUCAAGGGCUUGCUGCGUUGUUGUUGAGUAUCUUCCAGGUGGAACGCUAAAGGGCUUUUUAAUCAAAAACAGGAAAAAGAAACUUGCAUUUAAGGUUGUGAUUCAACUUGCUUUGGAUCUUUCUAGAGGUUUGAGUUAUCUACACUCCAAAAAGAUUGUACACCGUGAUAUUAAGACGGAGAACGUGCUGUUUGAUGCUCAGAAGACUCUCAAAAUUGUUGAUUUUGGCGUUGCUCGAGUCGAAGCGCAGAAUCCACGGGAUAUGACUGGAGAAACUGGCACGCUCGGUUACAUGGCUCCCGAGGUCCUUGAUGGUAAGCCUUAUAAUCGAAAAUGUGAUGUCUACAGUUUUGGUAUAUGUUUGUGGGAAACAUAUUGCUGCGAUAUGCCUUACCCAGAUCUCAGUUUUGCUGAAAUUUCAUCUGCAGUUGUACGCCAGAAUUUACGACUCGAGCAAAGACGGGGCCAUGUCUUUGAGAGAUGGAAUGAAGGAAAGAUAUACUUUCCUCCCACGUACAAGUACUCAAAUAAUUCAGACCGAUAUGCCGGAGAUACGAGGCACCCGAAGGAGAAGAGAAGAACUCCUGCUUGGUGCGAUCGCAUACUAUGGUACGGAAGAGGCCUUCACCAACUGUCGUAUGUACGUGGAGAAUCAAGAUUCUCAGAUCAUAGACCCGUGUACUGCAUGUUCUUAGCCGAGGUCGAAUCUAUAAACCAUAGCCGCAUCAAGAAAAGUAUGAGCUACUCGAGUUCCCGAAUCGAAGUAGAAGAGCUGUUGCCUUGUAUGUAUGGACACCCUGAAAUGAACUUCUGAGGGAUAUUCUUUCCACAGCCUGAUUUACCAAGCCAACCAACAACGUAUCAUCUAAUCUCAUACUCUAUAAGGUCGGACUCCUUCAGCUUUCGACCAUCGUACUCAAUUUCCUCAUAAAUCCAACUAAAACUCACUCUCUCAAGGCUCUCUCUCUGUCUCUGUGCAGCAGAAAUGGAGAAAGAAAAGGAAUAAGUUGCUUCUUUUACACAGCAAUGGCACCCCUCUGAGUAUCUGCAACAUCAACAACAAGGUGGUGCCUACACACUGCAAAUCUGUUCAUCACUAAGAUUCAAACUCAUAUGUUCAACAAAAUAAACAACAAAUUCAAUUGUUCAUUGCUGGUGAUGAUUCUUUUGUAUUA